AUGUCACUAUUGCAGAACGAGGAGUUCGUUCUGUAUCAGCUUAGGACAGCGUACCUCUCGUGCAUCAAAGACGGCGUUGGGGAACGACUGAUCAACGUCAACACAUCUGUCCUCAACAACCCUGCGUUCCGAGCGGCAGGAUGGGUACCCAGUGCCGCAGAUAUCAAGCGCACAUACUCUCCACCGAUACCGACAGCGGUAGCAUCCGAGUACUUCCAGGCUCCACGGUCAGCGGGUCUACCGGGGACAAGUUUUGGGGACGAUGACGACGAAGGCGGGAUGGUCACUGGAGGGGGAGGAAGCAAUGAUACUGUCGGUCCGGCAUUGAACACGAAGAGAAGACGACGGAAAGAGCAAUUAGGGGAGGACGACAGCAGCGACCUCAGCGAUGAAAGUGACGAUGAUUUCGAGGCCGCGCAAAGGGCAGCGCAGCAAAUCAGGUUCAACAAGAUGCCAGUGCGUACGCGUGCGGGUUCAUCUCCAUUGAGAAGCUCAAACCUGAAGGAUGGGCCCGCUUUGUUGGUCACGUCACCCUCACGGCCUCCUGAAAGCAACCAGCUACGGCGUGGUUCAUUGGGAGCGGUUGAGGCUUUCAAACAGCGCGCCCGCAGAGACACGACUACGAGCAGCGAGAUGUCGUCGGAAAACGAGCUGGAUCCAUCGCUCUUCAAGAGGAAGCAGGUUAAUCCACAACGAGCGGCUCAGGCAAGCCACUUGCUUUCUCAAAGGAUUCAAGAGGAUGAGCGGGAGAAUGAGACCUUCCCGCUCGAAGCUGAUCCAGGCGCUGAAUCUGACGACAGCACACUGUCGUCGGAGUUUGCUGGAACGGCUGAUUCUGAGUCUCUACUUGGGAGGGCCCAUAGGGAUGUAGCCGAUUCCUCCCUUCCUCUUCGUGGGGCUCCAAUACCACCUGCCAUGAGUCCUCAGAAGACCUCCCCAAAGAAGUCAAGACCAGCACCGGCUACGCUGCAGGCUUUGCCUCCCCCAAGACCUAUCAGCGUCAUUCAGCCAGUUAGUGCACUCACUCUUGCCCUAAAGGCCAAAGAUAGGAAGCCAGUAGACCCAUUUGAGCGUUUUGCAACGCUCUCAGGCAAGGGCGAUCCGAAUCCGCUCUACAUAAGGGUUUACGCGCCAUUUUCAACAAAGCCCACGAAACCAUAUGAGAUGCUCGUCCUGCGAGCCACGAUCGGCGGAGCUAAAGUUACGGUGGCGGAAGCUAUCGGACUAGCUCUGUACAGAUACGGCGAGGAGAAAUCUGAACCUGCUAUCGAAGGCACUCAGAAAAACGUAAACCGAUGGAACUUCAGGAUGAUUGAGGAUGAUGAGGUCGACUAUGACUUUCCAGCCUUGACGCGGAACAGACCUUUUACAGACUUUACGUCCAACAACAACCGUGGCACUCGCGGGCGAUCCCGGGAGAAACCCUGGGACGAGUUUGCGCUCGUCGAGGCGUCUGAGAAGGAGUUUAGAGAGAACGAGGCGCUCACCCCCGAGUACAGCAAAGAAGCUGCGGCUAUACAAGAGAACGCGCAAACCGACACGGCGGCGCCAGUACAGCCGGAGCCAAUAUCACGGCCUCCGCCACCGCCCGGUCCGUCUGUAUCUUUCCACAAUCCUAUCACCGGCCCGAGCUUCGCUCCUACAGCUCCCCGAAAAGAUGGCACCAACCUCCUGGACGCUCCCGCUCCACAGACCUCGCAUGCAACACCUCGCACCGGUGCACCCAGAACCCUGACUGUUCGGUUCAUGAAUGAUGACUUCGUAACGCGAACCACGAAGAUUGAAGCUACGACAGACACUUACAUCGCCGAAGUCUUCUCACAAGCGUGCAAAGUCCUCGGCGUCGAUCCUGCUAUGUUCGUUCUCAAGGUCUCGGGCACCAAUACCGUCGCGCCCUCCGAUAGGACCGUGGAAGCACUGGGUGACCGGCUCACACUCGACUUCCAGAGGCGGCGGUUCGUAGGCGAUGGCGUCAUAGGUAUAGCAGGCUCACCCGGAAGCUCAUCGCCAAACGCACCUCUGCUCAUCUCCUCCGGCGGCACGCCCAAGAAGGGCAAGAAAGGCCCAGCCGCCCUGCUCCAUCCUCUCGCUCAGAAACAAGACCUCUUCGUGGCGCUCAAUACAGCCAGCUACAAGCGCUACGCCGUGACCCGCAAGCAACCCAUGUCCUUCUCCUCUUCCUCUUCGCGCAUCCUAGCGCUUGAUGGAGAGUACAUGCACAUCAUGCCCGCGGAGAACCACCCGAACACCACGAACAAGAUCUUCGAGGCGCCGGCUAAGACCACAACCGUGCCGUUCUCGAGUAUUGUGGGUAGUAAGGUGUCGAGGAGGCAUCCGAGGAUGUUUAGAGUUGUGGUGUUUAAGGAAAGGGAGACGAAGAGGUAUGACUUUGAGGCAUCGAGUCAGGCGGAGGCGGCGGAGAUUGUGAGGGAGAUUAAGAAAGGGGUUGAGAGGUUUAACGAGGGCGUCGUCUAA